CCAAUGGGUGCAUAUUACUUCUUGGCUUGAGUAGCAUAGAACGGUUCCAAACAGUUUUAUUGUGAAGUCUUAACUUUUUGCUUUCAGCGCCUUUUUGUAUUGUUUAAAAUGAACCAAUAUUUUAUAUGUACAAAAUAACCUGUGGGAGCCAUUUAAUUUAGAGGCUUUCUUUAAACGCUCGCGAACGUUUUCAUUCAGUAAUUAUUUAGGUGACUUUUUUAGAAAUCCAUUUGGAAGUUUACAGAACUUUAAUGGAGUGCAGUUGAAAUGGAUUCUGCAGAGAGCGGCUCCUCGCACAGGACUCUGCUUUCAGCCGCAGGAGUUAAUCGAUACACUGCGUUAAUAAUUCACCACCUGUGACCGGAAUCCUUUGCGUGGUUCACAGCCCCCCCCUCCCUCCUCCCCCCGUCAUGAGGUGUGUGGGGCCUCAGGAGGAGCUGCUGCCUCUCAGAAGUGGCCCCGUGAGAGCGAGAGAUCAUCACACAGGAAGUCUGAUGGAGGAGCGACAGCUUGUUGAACGCUAACUUGUGAACUAAUAUGAUGCCUGUUCUUCUGAUUGGGCCGAAUAUCUCUGCCACAUCAGCAAACCAGAAGGACGGCAGUUUAUUGUUGUUAGUAUCUGGAGCGGUGGCUUGUUUUUCUUGAAGACACUUACAAUGUGGUCCCCUGCUGCACGCACGGUGUGCAUCUUGGUUGGCAUCAUGUGUGCUGUCAGACACGUGUCCUCACAGCCCGUUUCAAUACAAAGGAAAUCGGAGCAAACUACUGACGAUUCCAUCAAAUUACAGGAAGACAUCCAGAAAGUUAUUGAUCAAACCCUCUCCGCGUCUCGUGGAGACCGAAACACGCGCAUCUCCGGCGCCUCGGACGCCAGCGCGCACUCCGCGGCGCUCACUGACCUGGCGAGGGGACGAUUCCUAGACGACCUUCCCAGAACCCUGGUGUGUCUCCUCUCCGGGAGGCCGGACUGCGGCCCGCAGGCCGAGAUGACCGAGGCCGCGCCUCUGGAGCUGGACGGCGGGCCGCUGCUGGCGCUCGUGUCCGCCCUGACGGGCUCCGGCACGUGCGCCCCGGGGGCCGCGGGCGGGCUUCCGCGGGCCGUUGUCGGCGUCCUCUCGGGCCUGCCGCUCUCCGGGGCCCUGCUGAGCGGUUUGGUGGAUGCGGCUGUGGCGCACAUGUCUAACUUCAUGGGGACGCUGCUCGGAACGCCGAUGUACUACAUCAAAAUAGCUCUACAGCUCGGAAUCAGAACCCCGUCUUUAGAUGGACAACAGACCUGUGAGCAAGGAGAUCUCAAGCAGCUCAUUAUGUGGGGAAUGAACCACAAUGUGAACUGGUCCUUCUCCAAUUCCAUCACCGACAUCCUGCUGGAUGUCCUCUUGCCUCCAGCACAGGCCGCCUGCUACCCGGGGUCAGACUGCCCGAGCCCUCCCACUGUGCCCUUCCAACGGGGCAGCGCCUCGGAGGCCAGAGACGACGUCCUGCUCAAAUGCGACCGGCGGAACCUGGCGGCGCUCAACGACACGCUGUGCGCCGACAUCCUCGCGGGGUCGAGACCCGGGGCAUCCGCCUCUGUGCUCACCUUUUGCCGGGCGCUGGGCUCCCUCGGGGCCGAGCAGAUGGAGCGGGUGUGGAGCAACGCGUGCCACGUCACUCAAACGCUGGUGUCUCCGCUGCUCGGCCGUUGGUCCGCCUGCGGCGUUGGGGAGGCCACCCCUCCCCCGGCGACUCCCGCUGCUCCUGCGCCUUACCGGCGGGUCAGAGAAGCCUCCAACCUCAAGCUGCUGGCCUGUAACUACAACAGCUGGGCCGAGGACGGGCCGGUGGACGCUGUUCUCAUCUCACUGUGCAGCGACAACCAACGCGAGGAGUUUGUCAAGCAAGUGUGUGGCGAUGCUUCGCUCAUGAGAAAGCUGCUGCCGGAUCCGCUGAACCGCUGGCUGUACGGGUACUGUGCCAACGCCUCUGCGGACCCCGGCUACCUGGCGAGCCAGUUCUGCGUCUACGAGCAGUGGGUCGACCAGCCCUCCGUGCCGGUGGACCCCUCUUUGCUGGGCUUCUGCAUGAGCCUGGACGGUCCCAGGUUGACCGCGCUCAUGUGUGAGCACAUCCCGUUGUUCAUGCUUCUAUUCUCCGACCCUGCAAACGGGCAGUUCAUGCCCAACUGCACAAACAGGCCGCCUCCACCGCCGUUCCCCAACGUGGGUUCACCGUUACUGGAGUCUUGUCGUUACUCAGAGUGGCACGAUCUGAUGCAAAUCACCUUCGAGGUUUUGUCACACUGCAUCGGCCUCGAUCAGAGUGGUUUCACUAAAGAGGUUUGCGCGAACAAAACCUUCCUGAACAGUCUGCUGCGUAAUCCACAAAACGCUUGGCUUGAGAGUCACUGCAACUCCUCUCUGGCCUUUCUACGCCCCGAGCCGACGGAGCACACCAGCAUGACUGGGUGGUGCGACUACCAGACGUGGGGACAGCGGCGGGUGGACGACUCGGUGGUCGCCCUCUGUUGGCAGCAAGACCAGCUGGCUUUUCGGAAGAAUGUCUGCUGCAAGGCGUCUGUGAUCGAAAAUCUGUUACAGGACCCUCUGAACCAGUGGCUGAAAUCAGUCUGCGCCGACAUGAAGGAAAUAGAGGAAACAUCGGUGUUACCGCAGUUGUGCAGGUACUCUGAGUGGACGCGUCCCAUCAUCGUGGACAUGACUGAGCUCGCUCUCUGCACUGAGAUCGACCCGCUUAACUUCACCUCGCAAGUCUGCGCCAAAGACACAGUCCUCCAGAACCUGUUGGCCAAUCAGGACAACACCUGGUUAAUAAAAUACUGUAACAACCAUUCAAAUCCAGGCCUGUUUCCAGGUGGAAGUGGGGCACUGGGAGCGGGCCCGACUGGAUUCAACCCAGCAGAUCAGUGCCAGUACUCCAGCUGGAGCGUCGCCCUGCCAGAUGCGGCGCUCCUGACCCUCUGCUGGGAGCGCGACCAGAGCAGCUUCGUCUCCUCCAUCUGUCCCAACACUGUUCUCCUCCAUUUGCUCUCCUCGGAGCCCUCGAGCGCGUGGGUCGGCAACAUGUGUGCCACCUACACCAAACACAACGCUGCUACAGCCAACAAUAGCACCACCACCACCACCACCACCACUGCUAGUCCCAAUUUCUGCCUGGCCAAAAGCCUGGUGAGUCAGUUCAACUGGAACUGCUCAGCCGACUUCACCUCAGCCUGCCGGCCCGGCGCCAGUCAGAAUAUGGCGCUGCAGAUGGUGGUGCGCUGCUGGGUGGAGGGUCUGAGCUCUAGGGUGGGUGCUCUGCUGACUCCUCCUGUGGCCAAAGUGUUGGAGGAGGCAGCCAGCACUACUGUGGUGAUCCUGUUGGCCCUGGAGGAGGUCCAGAACACCUCCCUGCACGUCACCGAGAACAUACGACAGAGCGUUUUAACGUCUGUGGAUCGCUACUUUGACACGGAGAACAACGCGGACGAAAAGAGCGUGUUGCUGCAGUGCUUUGGGAGAGUCUUAACUGGCCUGAUGCAGACAUCGAGAGACGUGACCAGUGAGGAUAUGUUCAUAAAGGAGUACUUCAGUCUACCGCCGAGCAGCCUGGGCUCUGUGCUCGGCGCAGCUCACAUCACCACCGUCAGACUGAUCCUCCAGUACUACAGCGGGAACAAGAACACGCUGAAGUUGCCCGAUAAGUACGUGGCCACCAUGCUGUCAGUGCUGUUCCAGACCCACCUGGUAAAGGAGGCCAGUCUCUUCCCCGAGCUGCUGCCGCUGGUGGCUGCGGCGAGCCCUGCCGACAUCGAAGCUUUGCCCUCGGUGCAGGACAACGUCAAUGUGAGGGAGACCAUUAACAGACACCUGCAGGCCAUGACUCUGGAGCGGAGGCGGGCCUUCGGCAUGUGGUACAGCAGAGUUAUGCCCCCCUCCCUCAUCAUCAGUGCUAAUCAGUCACUCAUCAGGGACACGGGAAACCUGAUCGCCUACCUGCCCUUCAACAACUUCCAACACCUCUCAUCUGCUCAGCUGUUGGACGGACUGGAUGUGUUGCAGAGAAACACCCUCACUUCUCUAAAGCAGGAUUUCAUAGCUCACAGCCUCAUUGGCACCUACAGGAACUUGACAGCUCAGGAUUUUACCAGACUGGGAAAUCUCACAUGCCUGGCGGACCCACAGGGCCUCCUCGUGUACAAAAAUACUAAGGCCUUCAGUGUCAUCCAGGACAUCGUUAUGAACUGCACUCGAGAGGGACUCCGUCCGUCCGGCUAUCUGAUUUCCAGUGUUUUGCUGAACAGCACAGAAUUUACGACCCCGUCCUUGCUCGGUCCCGGGCGGCUGGCAGAGAUCGGCCACCUCCUGCCCUCGCUGGGUGUGACUUUCCUACGGGGCGCCUCACCCUCUCAGCUGCUCGCUGCCCUACCUGCCCUCGCCUCCGUUUCAUUCAGCCCCGUACAGGCUUCCAUAAUUGUAGAAAAGAUAUCUUCAAUUACCCCCCUGAGCGCUCCGGGCCAGCUGCAGCAGCUCGGCUCCCUCCUGGUGGGAAUGAAGACGGAGACCUUGUUGACACUCUCAUCAGACAGGCUGCUGUCGUCUCUGCCCGCCGCCGCCCGACUCAACCCGGGGCUCAGCCCGCCCCAAGUCAAUGCUUUAUCUACCAAACUAUGGGCCUUUGCAGAUGUGAUUGGUUGGCAGGAGGAUGUGGAGCCGUUCCUCUUUUGGACGCCCCUUGUUAGCGUCCUGCCCAGGAUUCAGCUGCUUGUGAACAACAUCACCACUGUGUCCACAAAACACUGGAACACACAGCAGGCUAAAGCAAUUUUCAAAGAGGUGCUUGAUACGAAACCGAACCUAAAUGAAGCAAAUCUGCUGAGUCUGGGAACAGUGGGGCCGGGCGUCAGCUGUAAAGUUCUACAGGAACUUUUUCGUGCUGAUUCUUCGCCGCCUUCAGUGAGAAGAAUCCUGUCUUUCCUCAGACAGCAGCCCGGUCCUCUCCACACCUCACUGAAAAAGUGUCUGAUUGAGAAUCUGUAUCAGUUUGAGUUCUUCUUUGAGCUCAUCAAGGACCUUGGGGCCGAGAUUGCCCUGUCCAUGCCAGUGAGCACCAUCAAGACGUUUCCCACGGAUUUGAUGGACACCCUGAGGAGGACUAUUGUUCAGGACCCUCACCACUUUCUCUUGCUGUCUAGAAUAAAACAGGAGCUGCUCGUUGACAAAGUGGCACAGAGGAUGGGCAUGUACACUGGAGUGUUUACCGAGGAGGAGUUUCGUUCAAUGGGCAUUAUGGCAACGUUUGUGGUGGAUGAAGUUUUCAUUCAGAUUGACCGCAGCUUCUUCAUCAAGAAUCUGGACUUCCUCCAGGAGCUCUGCUACAGCAAAAGCAAGAUGGACAUUGUGGCCGGUAUCCUGCUGGAACCCGCCGCCUUUGGCCCAAUCAACAACUGGAACCACACAACACUCAGCCAGGUGGACCGGUUUCUCCUCUUCCUGCCCGACAACAGGCUGCAGGAGAUUCCCCUCGCGUUGAUGACUCUGUGGCGUAUCGAGAAGCUGUUCAUGAGUCACCACCGAUGGGAACGUGGGGAAAUUGGGAGCCGCUGUUCGAACGAGAACGAGCGUCAGAGAUCUUUUGAGAAGCGGCAGUUUGUUUUGCAGUUUUUCCUGGGCUUCCUGAAAAUAAAUGUGUUGUCACCGACUCCUAUGGUUCCUACUUGUGAGAUUCUGCACACAACAUCUCCCUCUGCGUGGACCCCCAACAGUCUGCUCAGCAUGUCUUCAUCGGCCUUCUCCAACUGUCUGGAGCUGAUGGGUCGUGACCCGUUCCUUGUAUCCUACCAGCGCAGCCAGGUGCUCCAAAAAGUCAAGCGGAUACACGGCGCCGUCCCGUCCUUCUCCCAGUCUGUGAUCUCUCAGUUGGGUGGUUUGGCAAUGGGACUGUCCCCAGAGGAGCUGAGCGGCCUGCGGUUGGCUGAGCGGAGCAGCAUCGCUGCUCUCGGUGCAUUCAGAGCAUGGAGCAACAGACAGCUCUCUGCACUGUUUGCCGCCGUGUUAAACUCCACCCAGCAGAGCCCCAGCCAGCUCGACUCCAGCACGCUGGUGGCGAUGGGACACAUCGUCUGUGGGGCAAAAACCACAGAGAUGAGUUAUUUCAAUCCUCUGGAGUUCAGCAAGGCGGUGCUCUGGCUGGGUCAGCUCAGGCUGUCCUGCUCAGAGGAGCAGCUGCUGGCUCUUGUUGAGCUUCUGACCAACCAGCUUGCGUUUGGAUCCAUGAGUUCAUGGGACACCGCUGUGUUCAUUGAGAUCGGCGUUCUGGCAGCUGGUCUCCCAGACAUGGCAAUGUCAGCUCUGGUUAGAGAGCAAAUAGAAGGAAUCACACCUGCGGCUGUCUCUAUGAUACCACCUGAUAAGUUUUCUGUGGUGUUUCACCAGAGACAGAUCAGCAUGUUCUCCUAUGAGCAGGCGGCUGCAGUGACCGUGGAGCAGCUCUCCGCUCUGUCAGACAUCCAGAGGACCGCUCUGGCUAUGGUGCUGACGCCAUGGGAGGACAGGCCUGUCGACUUCAGAGGGAAGUCACUGGGGCCGGCACUGAGCCACAGUCCUCUGUGUCUCACAGUGGGACUGCUGAUGCUGCUGCUGCUGCCCUGCCCGGGCACAUGACCCCCCUCACCUCCCCGGGAUCAGGAAACCCCUCCGCAACCACCCAGAGGAUGUUAUUCAUACGUGCAAAAUCAGCCCUUCAGGACUUCUUUAGUGUAUUUAAUGGGAUAGUCAUUUAUUCUCCAACUUACACUUAUAUACGCAUAUCAUAUUCAGCACUAAAGCGACUAAAUGUCUAAAUUCACAAUAUAAAAAAAAGUGACAGUAUGCAAUACAAAUAUUAAAAGUCAAACCAACACUCACACAAUCAUACUCAUAUAUACAUUUUGCUUAUUUAUUCAUUAAUUUAUUUUUGAUGUGAAUCCCCACAGACACUUAUGAUGUGACACCAUGCCUAGAAUAGCACCCCAAACAGAUUUACAUGUAGCAAAUACAAGUUGUGCAAAUAUACAAAGUUCUAUAUUUUUGUCAAAUUCUAUAAUAUUUGUGUUGGUUAGCAUCAGUCUUUUUUGCUGUGAAUUUUGUUGUGUGGGCCACACCUUCAGGUGUGAUAGAUUUGAGUUAUUAAACUGAAUUUGCCUCUGA